AAAGCUGGCUAAAUAAUUUUUGUGCAAAAGACUUGGAUUAAAAAUCGCCAAAAUUGUGGAGGCAAUUAAAAUGAAGACUGAGCUGCGUUCCUGCGCAGCGUGCGGCGAACCAAUCUCGGAUCGAUUUUUUCUCGAGGUUGGCGGCUGCUCGUGGCACGCCCAUUGCCUCAGAUGUUGCAUGUGCAUGUGCCCGCUGGACCGGCAACAGUCGUGCUUCAUCAGGGAACGCCAGGUCUACUGCAAGGCCGAUUACAGCAAAAAUUUCGGCGCCAAGUGCUCGAAAUGCUGUCGCGGCAUCUCCGCCUCCGACUGGGUGCGACGAGCGCGCGAUUUGGUCUUCCAUUUGGCGUGCUUUGCCUGCGAUCAGUGUGGACGCCAGUUGUCCACCGGCGAACAGUUUGCGCUCAUGGAUGACCGUGUGCUCUGCAAGGCUCAUUAUCUUGAAACGGUCGAGGGUGGCACCACAUCAAGUGACGAUGGCUGUGAUGGUGAUGGUUAUCACAAGAGUAAAACGAAACGCGUGCGCACCACCUUCACCGAGGAGCAAUUGCAAGUGCUGCAGGCCAACUUUCAGAUUGACAGUAAUCCGGAUGGCCAGGAUUUGGAGCGCAUCGCCUCAGUAACUGGUCUGAGCAAGCGUGUGACGCAAGUUUGGUUUCAGAAUUCGCGUGCGCGUCAGAAAAAACACAUACAUGCUGGUAAGAAUAAAAUACGCGAACCGGAAGGAAGCUCAUUUGCGCGUCAUAUUAACCUGCAGUUAACGUACUCGUUUCAGAAUAACCCACAGAAUCCCAUGCAUAUGAAUGGCACCAAAGGGGCUCUAUAUCCAGCGCAUGAAUCCUCCAUGGAUGAAUUGUCGCAGGACUCGAGCGUUCACUGUAUGCCCAGCGAGGUGUGACUGCAGCAGUCCUCGCCAGCGCGUGCUCAUCGUUAGCUUCAAUAAAAGAAAACUAACAAAAAACUGAACACAAUGCUCAGUUAAAGCUAUGUGCAUCAGCUGGCUGUGGGCUGCUCUUAAGCAACAACAAAAACAACAGCAACAACAAAAAUAAAACGAAAAAAACGUCCUUUCCUAGUCAAAAUUUUAUGUAAAGCGUCGUAGCAGACAGCAAACGCUCAUAUGAAAUGAAAAACAAAUACUAAAAACAAAAAAACAUAAAAUAAAAUAUAUAAAAAAAGUGGUUAAAACAUUACGAGUAUUUCAACACAUCGUCGAGGAUCGUCAACAAUCCAUCAGCUGUUUGAUGCUUUGAGCAUCCGGAAACGCGCCCCAGUCCAC